GUGGCUCCGGUUACGGUGACAUCAGCCCUACCUUCCCACCUGGCGCGGGUUGGGGGGCGCGGGCCCCCCUCCCCCGGGGGUCCCCGGGGGGGGGUUACACGACAGCUGAGCCGCUUUCGGGACGCCGGAGCCCCCCAGCGCCGUCGGGGCGUCCUCCCCCCAACCCCCCCCAACCUCCCACCCCCAGCUAUGGGACCCAGGCGUCCGGGUCCCCUGCUCCGAGCGGUGGGGACAGCGGUGGCAGCGCCAUAGGGACCAGCAGCGGAGGGUGGUCGGCAGAGCUCAGGUGCGGUGGGUGCCCACCCGCGCGGGGGGCCACCAUGGGGCCACCCCCCCGUGUCCCCCUCGUCCUGCUGCUCCUGCUCGUGGUGGAGAGAACGGCCCGUGGGACCUUCCCUGAGGAGCCCGGCCCCAUCGCCGUGGCCCCCGAGGACUAUGUGAAGCACUACCCUGUCUUUGUGGGCCACGGGACGAGCCGCCCGGCCAGCCCCGAGGGGGGGGGCACCCAGCGCCUCAACAUCCAGCGCAUCCUCAAGGUCAACAGGACCCUCUUCAUCGGGGACAGGGACAACAUCUACCGUGUGAGCCUGGAGCCCCCCAGUGCUGGAGAGAUGCGUUACCACAGGAAGCUGACGUGGCGCUCCAACCAGCACGACAUCAGCAUCUGCAGGAUGAAGGGAAAACACGAGGCAGAGUGCCGGAAUUUCAUCAAGGUGCUGCUGGUGCACGGCGAGAACCUGCUCUUCGUCUGUGGCACCAACGCCUUCAACCCCGUCUGCGCCAACUACAGCAUGGACACGCUGGAGCCCGUCGGGGACAACAUCAGCGGCAUGGCCCGGUGUCCCUACGACCCCAAGCAUGCCAACGUGGCCCUCUUCACGGGGGGGAUGCUCUUCACGGCCACCGUGACGGAUUUCCUGGCCAUCGACGCCGUCAUCUACCGCAGCCUGGGGGACAGUCCCACCCUCCGCACCGUCAAACACGACUCCAAAUGGUUCAAAGAGCCCUACUUCGUGCACACAGUGGAAUGGAGGAGCCAUGUCUACUUCUUCUUCCGGGAGAUCGCCAUGGAGUUCAACUACCUGGAGAAGGUGGUGGUGUCUCGGGUGGCCCGGGUGUGCAAGAACGACAUGGGGGGCUCCCAGAGGGUGCUGGAGAAGCAGUGGACCUCCUUCCUCAAGGCCCGGCUCAACUGCUCCGUGCCGGGCGACUCCCACUUCUACUUCAACGUCAUCCACGCCGUGACUGACAUCCUGGAGCUGGACGGGCGCCCUGUGGUGCUGGCUGUCUUCUCCACACCUGCCAACAGCAUCCCCGGCUCAGCUGUCUGUGCCUUCGACAUGACCCAAGUGGCUGCUGUCUUUGAGGGACGUUUCCGGGAGCAGAAAUCCCCUGAGUCCAUCUGGACACCUGUGCCCGAGGACAUGGUGCCCAAGCCCCGGCCGGGGUGCUGCGCAUCCCCGGGGAUGCCCUACAACUCCUCCAGCACCUUCCCCGACGAGAUCCUCCACUUCGUCAAGACGCACCCACUGAUGGACGAGGCGGUUCCAGCCCUGGGCCACGUGCCCUGGAUCCUCCGCACCAUGAGCCGGUACCAGCUCCGCAAGAUCGUGGUGGACAACGCGGCGGGGCCGUGGGGCAACCAAACCGUGGUCUUCCUGGGCUCCAGCACUGGCACCAUCCUCAAGUUCCUCAUCCAGCCCAACGCCAGCACCAGCCCCCUGCCCGCCCCCCCGGGCAGCCAGAGCGUCUUCCUGGAGGAGUUUGAGACCUACCAGCCUGGGAGGUGUGGCCGGGACACAGAGGACGAGCGGCGGCUCCUGGGGCUGGAGCUGGACAAGGCAGCAGGGUCCCUGCUGUUGGCCUUCCCCCCCUGCGUGGCCAGGGUGCCCGUGGCUCGCUGCCAGCAGCACUCAGCCUGCAUGAAGAAUUGCCUUGGGAGCCGGGAUCCCUACUGUGGCUGGACACCUGAGGGCUCCUGCAUCUUCCUGGAGCCCAGUCCCAGGGUGGCUUUCGAGCAGGACAUCACCGGCAGCAGCACAUCCCACCUGGGCGAGUGUGAGGGUCUGGUGACCGAGAGCUUCGUGGACGAGCCGGAUGGGUUGGUCUCGGUGAACCUCUUGGUGAUCUCCUCCGUCGCUGCCUUCGUCAUCGGCGCCGUCAUCUCCGGCUUCAGCGUCUGCUGGUUCAUCGGGCACCGGGACCGCAAGGAGCUGGCGCGGCGCAAGGACAAGGACACCAUCCUGGGCCACGGCGAGGGGGUGGUGAGCGUCAGCCGGCUGGGCGAGCGGCGGGCGCGGGGCCGCCAGCCCGGGGCCUUGUUGGCCCCUCUGAUGCCCAACGGUUGGCCCAAGGAGUUGGGGAAAGUCACCACCACCCACCACGACCUGGACUCUGGGGUGUUACCCACGCCGGAGCAAACCCCUUUGCAGCAGAAACGCUGCCCGGGUCCUCUCCAAAACUGCACUUGGGAGCAGAGUCACAACAUCAUCAACGCCGCCCUGCGGGACCCCGGCGGAACCGGGACCACCGGCACCGGGAGGAUGCACCCGGUGCGUGGCAUCCCCCUCUCCUGCCACGCCAUCCUGGUGGAUCAGGAGCUGGAAGCCGAACUCAGCGACUCCUCGGGUGAUGGGCAUUGGGGUCGGGACCCCCAGGAGGGUCCCCUCAGCCGACAGCACCCCCCACCCUCCAGCACCCGCCGCCCGCCCCGCAGCUCCUACGGGGACUUCACCGGCACCCCCCACCCCAGCCCCGACCGCCGGCGGGUGGUUUCAGCACCCGGUGGGGAAGGGGGAGACUUUCCCGAGGGGUCACCUUGGCACCCCGAACAACUGAACUUCAACGCCAACAACGGCACGGGCCGUCCCGGUGCCCACCUCAAGAGGAACCACACGUUCAACAGCGGCGAGGGUUCGGCGGGGGGGGGGUACGGGGGACACGGCACCGCCCCCCGGGCAGCCGGUACCGGGCCCCCCCGGGCGCUGACGGACCUGCACCACCUCCUGCGCUACGGCAUGGAGCGGACUCCCUCGGGAAAAUAGGGUCCCACCUUGUGUCACCCCCCAUCCCCCUGCUUUCCCCCUCCCCCCCAAAGGACAGCCAGGGGGUGGCCCAGCUCCCUGGGGAGAGUGGUGGGGGGGGGCGGGGGGUGGCCGGGUAGGAGGUGGGGGUAUGGGGUGAGAUGCUGCACGGGUGGGUGGGUGGGGGGGAACAGGGUGUCCCCCAGAGAGGGUUUGGGGGUGUGGAGGGUUGGCGUGGGGCGGUGCCCCACUGCUUUGUCCCCCAGGGAGGGGUCUGUCCAUCCUGUCCCCUCCCCAGGCUGGACCCAGGGACUGCAGCACCCUGGGAAGGGGGAUCCCUGGGGGGCAGUAGGAUGGAUGCACGGACACGGGCACUGCCGAGGCAGAGCGGGGCUGUGCCCCCCCCCCACCCCGCAGCCCCUUGGCCCCAUCGGCUGCACCCAAGGUGGGGGUGGGCUUAUGGGUGCUGCGGGCACCCUGGGGACCCCCGGGCCGGGAGGUGCCGCCGGCGUGCACUGGUUGUGGUGAUGGACACAUUUGGGGUGCAGGGGGAGAUGGGAGGGGCCCCCAAAAUCUGUGUGUCAUCCGAGGACAAGGGGGCACUCACCUCCCGUUGGGUUCAACCUCUGCCCAGUGCCAGCUUUUGGGGGGGUUCAUCCAUCCCUCCCCCCCACACCCGGCACCCCCCUCCUGGAAAGCACAGCCGGGCUGUGGAGGCACCGCUGGGGCUGGGGGGUCCCCACCGACCCCACUCUCUGCUGGCAAAGGGUGUCCUUGCGGUGCCACCCCUGCCCUUGGGAAGAGGGGGGGGGGUGGCAUGUCCCCGGGGGAGGUGGCAGGUCCCCGGGGGUGGGGAUGGCAGGCUGUAAAUAGGGUGGGGGGGGUCGGCGGGUGCCCCCCCCCUGCGGCCAUGCAUGCGGCCGCCCGCGGUCUGUACCCCAAUAAACGCCCGUUUACCGGA